CGCUGUCGAUGCUCCAGCCAAUCCCGGCACGCCGGGACCCAUCCCUCCCUCUCAUUGGAUCGACGGGAGUGCAGCCGGCGGAUGUUGUCGUUUCUGAGCGCGCCGAAGCCCGCAAGAUGGCGUCGGGCGGCGGGGAGCUCGGCGGCUUGUUCGACCACCACGUCCAAAGGGCUGCUUGCGACUCGCGGGCCAAGUACCGGGAGGGGCGACGGCCUCGAUCCGUGAGGGUAAGGUGAUUUUUUAAUUUCCUUUGUCACCCUCAAUAGUGGUAUGUAUAUACAAUUAAUUUGGAAUCUCGGUACUUAAUAAUACAAGGAGUUCCUGCAGUGGGAGCGAUGAAGGAAUUAGUUGAACGAUUUGCUCUGUAUGGUGCAAUCGAACAGUAUAAUGCUCUAGAUGAAUACCCAGCAGAAGAAUUUACAGAAGUUUAUCUUAUUAAAUACAUGAACUUACAAAGUGCAAGGAUAGCCAAGAGGAAAAUGGAUGAACAGAGUUUCUUUGGUGGAUUGCUUCAUGUGUGCUAUGCUCCAGAAUUUGAGACAAUUGAAGAAACUAGAAAAAAAUUACAAGAGAGGAAGGCUUAUAUAGCAAGAGUUACUAAAAAUAAAGAUUAUUUUAUGACAAAGAAGAAUAAAGAUACAAAAGAUUUUAGACAGAACUUCCACUCAAAGAAAUCUGGAUUUUGUGAAGCUGUGCUGAACACUUCUUCUGGGAACUCAGAUCCUUGUCUUCCUUAUUCUUGUGAAUUGCCUUUAUGUUAUUUCUCCUCAACAUGUAUGUGUUCAUCAGGAGAGUAUGAGAACGAAGCAUCAAGCUCCUCUCAGUUUGGGAGAAACUGUGAUGAAACAGUGGGGCAGUGUCACCACAAUGACUCUUUGCAGAAAAUGCAGAUGAAAACUUUAAAAACUUCAGUGGCCUGCCCUGGUGCACAGAAGGCUCUUACUCCUUCAGAGGCAGUGGAUAGAUUUAUGCCUAGGACAACACAACUGCAGGAGCGGAAGAGAAGAAGAGAAGAUGAUCGUAAACUUGGAUCUUUUCUUGAAACAAGCACUAGCAGUAAUGAGGUGCUAAUUGGGCCUCAGUUACCAGACAUACCCAAAGUGGAUAUGCAUGAUGACUCCUUGAAUACAACAGCGAAUUUAAUUCGGAAUAAACUUAAAGAGGUGAUUUCAACUGUGCCAAAGCAACCAGAGGACAAGCUAGAAGAUGUGCAUACAAGUCAUCCAUUAAAACAAAGAAGAAGAAUAUAAGAUUACUAGUAGCAAAUCAAAAUAUCUACGAAUAUUUAUUUUUAGCCUGUCAUUUUCAUUCUUGAAGAGAUUUUUUGCUGCUAUGUUUUUAAUGCACUCUUCUUUGUAAUUUCGUUCAAGCUUCUUGUUUAAUUUAGUCUCAUCUUUUAAAAUUAGUUUAUUGUGGACAAAAUACUUGCCAGCCAACCGUUUCCUUUAAUAAAAACUUUUCUAGAAA